AAAUUAGAGCAGAGAAAAUGCGGCACUCGCGUGGGCGGUGUAUUCGUUCGCAAGCGAUAAGAGAGGACGAAGGAUUAUGCAGAUAGCGGAUCUUCGAUCGUAACGACGCUUGCGUCGUGGACGUGGAUUCGAAAAAGGGAUGCGAUCGCGAUGAAGCCGCGACGACGAACGCCUGCGCGAGAAAACGGCGGCUCUUCGGUUUAAGCUUAACUUGACCAGUAGCAAUUUUCUAUCGUCAGUCGUCGAAAGCGUUUCGUCGAAACCCGCAGCGUCGUCUCGCGUCGCGUCGCUUCAUCUCGCGUCACGCGUUUUCCGUCGAGAACAAAGUGCGCUCGUGAGUGUACUACUCGUAAGGGGAGAAAAGGAAAAUCGAAGAAGGCCGUUGUACGAAGAGGAAGCCGAGAAGAAAGAAUAGUUUCGAUUUAAUCCCGCGAAUCUCGUUGAUUUCUCGUUAUUCUUAACAUUUAAUCGGUGGACAGCAAUUUCGUGUUUGUACGUGCACGAAUUUAGCGAUUGAUAAAAAGAAAAAAGGAAAAGAAAAAAAACGUGCGAUCUAACUAUAUCGAAGAGAUCGGUUUAUCCGGGAAUCGUGACGAAGUUUACGAGAAUCGUGAGAUCGGCUGUUCGGGCGUUCAUGGGACGCAUCGUUCUAUUUCGAGGUGAAACGCGUUAUUCGGAUGACCAGGAGAAACGGUAGAUUUGACUAUUUUUAAGAUGAAAGCAUUUAAAUUUGAAUGAACCGGAAGAGGAAUCCAUCUAUUUGUUGGUGACACGUGGCACGUGCAUAAAGAAGUUGGACAAGGACGGUACUCUACGUAGAUCGUAUGUAUUCGAUCUUGAGCGUAUCGUUGAACGAGAUACAUGUCGAUUCGCGGUUUCACGAGGAUACAAGAUUUCGAGGGAAAUUAAGAGGAACCCGAAUGAGAGAGAAACGCACCGAUCGCUCGUCGGCGGCGAAGAAAGAGCAAGGAGAUCUCUGAUCGGAAUCGAAGGAAAGGCAUCGUCCGAUCGCGGACGUAAUAUCUAAAAGACAAAAAAAGAGAAGAAAAAGAAAAAAGAGAGAAAAGAGGGCUAGGAAACAUGAAUAACGCUAGCGGCGCGUACAACGAUAGCUCGAGACCGAUUUGGUCGGGGGUGAAUCGUUGGAAGGAUCCGUCGAGCGAAAAGGACGCGACUUCGAACGGCACGGUGCAAUUGAUCUUUUACGCGUUUUACGGUAACAUAUUCGUGGUGGGCGUGUUCGGUAACGCGCUGGUGUGCUUCGUGGUCGCGCGGAAUCGUCGUAUGCAAACCGUGACGAAUCUGUUCAUCACCAAUUUGGCUCUGAGCGACGUGUUGUUGUGCGCGCUAGCGGUCCCGUUUACGCCUCUCUACACCUUCCUCGGCGGUUGGAUAUUCGGCCGAACCCUUUGUCACUUGGUACCGUACGCUCAGGGCGUCAGCGUAUACGUGAGCACGUUCACGUUGACCAGCAUCGCGAUCGAUCGAUUCCUGGUGAUUGUCUAUCCGUUCCAUCCUCGCACCCGGAUCGAGGUUUGCUUAUCGGUAAUCUGCGGUAUCUGGAUAAUCGCGUUGACGGUUACUCUGCCGUACGGAUUGUACAUGCGUCUGGAGGAGCCGGGAACGGAAAUAGAAAUGGGAUCGGAAUCGGAUUCGGACUCGGGAACAAGCGCGAAAACAAGAACGGAGAUUUAUUGCGAGGAACAUUGGCCGAACGAACGAUUUCGUAAAGCGUUUAGCUCCGUCACCGCGAUACUGCAAUUCGCGUUGCCCUUCUUCGUCAUCGUGUUCUGCUAUGCUCGCGUCUCGAUCAAGUUGAACGAUCGAGCCAGAUCGAAACCCGGCACUCAAACCGGCGAAAGGGAACGAGCCGAUAGAGAGAGAAAGAAACGAACGAACCGAAUGUUGAUAGCCAUGGUCACCGUGUUCGGUGUUUCGUGGUUACCGCUGAACGUAGUCAACGUUAUCGACGACUUUUAUUCUUGGGCCAACGAUUGGUCCUAUUACAGGCUUUGUUUCUUCAUGGCGCACUGCCUCGCAAUGAGCAGCACCUGUUACAACCCUUUCCUUUACGCUUGGCUCAACGACAACUUUCGCAAAGAGUUCAAGCAAGUGCUUCCGUGUUUUCCAAAAACGUCCGACAAUCGCGGUCCAACGGCCAUCGAAGAGGAAUUCCAACGCGACAAAGCACGCAACGGAAACAACACGCUUCAGGAGUCCAUGUUACCGAGUCAAACUCGAAUCAGAGUUUCGGCUCCGGAGGGCUACGAGUUGAUCCUUCUCGAACCGACCACCACCAACGCGUCGAGAAACAUCGAGGAUCAAGUUCUCUGACUCGAACGUCAAACAGUCGUGUUUUCCAUGGAAACUUGUGCUCCCCUGCCACUCUCGAACGUUGCGACGCAACUUGGAUCGAUCGUGCAAUCCCCGCGGCGCCGAGUCGAGCCAAAUCAACCCGAAAUCGAGUGGAACAGAAUCGAACGAAAUUGAACUGGUGUAUUUGUAUGGCGAGGAAAAAAUAAAGAUUUUCUUACCACAAA